AUGGUCAAGAAACGAGCCUCCAAUGGUCGCAACAAGAAAGGCAGAGGCAGAGUCAAGCCCGCUGUGAAACGAUUCACGAUCCGCAACAUGGUCGAGUCGGCAGCAAUCCGUGAUAUCUCUGAUGCGUCCGUAUUCGCCGACUACGCCGUCCCGAAGAUGUACUUGAAGCUCCAGUACUGCGUUUCGUGCGCCAUCCACGGCAAGAUCGUUCGUGUCCGAUCGCGCGAAGGCCGCCGAAACCGCGCUCCACCCCCAAGGGUCCGAUACAACAAAGAUGGCAAGAAGGUCAACCCCCAGCAGGCCGCUAAGACCGCGCAGGCAUGA